CCUUAACGCGAAGUAGAACAAGAAGCUCUUAGCAAAGCUCUUGCUAAUACAUAGUCCCUAUAAUCGGAAAAGAAAAAAUGGACCAAAGAGCACAGUAUCAGUUGGAGAGUGUGCAAGAGGCAGAGAAGUACCUCAAAAAGCACAGGAUAAAUGAGCUGUUUAACGACCUGUGUGCUGCUGUCUGCUAUAAAAAACCGGAGAACGUACACCAGGAUUUGAAUUUGAUACAUUGUGACUUUCGUUGUGACUGUAGUGUUAAGUUAGGAAUUUGAUAAGGAUUGAGUAAUCCACUAUCGGAUCGACGAGUUGAAGAAGAGGCAGUCUAGAAAAACUGCAUUUGAUACAUUGACUGUCUUUGUGAUCUUGGUCUAAUAUUAAAUUACGGCUAGGUGGUAGUGCAAAUGGCGACUCAGUAGUUGUACAAGAAGUCGCGACCUAUAUUGGAAGAAACAUCACCGUACUAAAGGAGGUUCUGUGCUAGUUAAUAACCCUUCGUGAACAUCAUAAAACAACAUCAUCGUCAGGUAAAAGCUUUCCUGGUAGACGAGUUGAAGAAGAGGCAGUCUGGUCAGGCAUCCAUGCUCUUCGAGGAGGAUGAGAUCGAAGCAGUCUUUAGAAUGGCGGAUUUGAUGCAAGUAGGGACAAUCACAGUCUCCCAAUGCCGACAAGCACUCUGCUCGAUUGUACUUCUACCAAUUAGCUAGUUGUUUUCAUAGUUGUUUUUGAUUUUUUUACACCCUUCCACAGGAUUAAGCACGAUGUACCCCUAGAAUGGGUUUACUACUACUACUACUACUACUACUACCACUACUACUACUACUACUACUACUACUACUACUACUACUACUACUACUACUACUACAACAUGAAUUUGCAUGAUACCCAAAAACUACGACUCGUCGAUCUCUCCAUCUCCUCGCUCCAUCACCAUCCCAGGUCAACACGCAGGCGCAGCACGAUUUGGCUUCGCAGCUCACUUUCCCAGACGAAAGAGUGGACCUAGAAACUUUUAAAAAGAAGGUGAAGGAACUCUUUGCGUAAGAAAGAAAGGGUUGUUCUCUUCUGCUUGUCGUACAAGGAUAGGGAGAAGUAGAUAGUGGUACUGGUAAUUCAUUGUAUGACCGAGAUUGACAGUAGAUGAACAUGAAACACCGAUGAACCAUCAAUUUUCACCAUGAAAUUAACUUUUCGACUAUUCAGACAGUAUCAUGUUGACUAUGUUACAUUUACGAUUCAUUGCCCAGAAUAUGAAGAACGCACCUACCUGUAGGACAACCGCACCGACCACAGGUUCUCUCUAUUCAUAAGAGAAUUAGAGCCAUGAUAUAUUUUGCCUAACGGACUUCAAGAUGUGGUGGAAAAAAGAAAAAUGCUCAUGGAUUAGAUCAUGAGACGAAGCGAUGAACAAGAAUAGAACGCUAAACAUUAUAAAACAAUUUCACGACGAGCAUAUCGAAAGAUAUCAGAUUUGAUCUUCACAAUGUCGUAUAUGUGCUGCUCGUGAUGUCGCAAACAAAAAGAGCAUCAGAAAAUUGCACCUGAAGCGCCAAGGACAUCCAGUUAGAUGAAUCAUAGCAACGUGAUGCUGAUGCACGGC